AAAACUUUUUGGUGGUUUUCUGUUAAAUCUGCUUCAAUUAAAGUGAUCAUAAAAGUUUUUGCGUAUAUAAAGUUGGUGUGAAUAUGUUCACGACUAUCUUAAUUCAACGUAAUUUAUAUUUCAGGUUUAAGAAACGACAGAAACCAUGGCCGAUGUUGAUGUUGAGGUUCCAAACAACCCCGUCCUGAGCGGAGGUGCUAUGGAUGUAAACACAGCCCUACAGGAAGUGCUCAAGACAGCUCUCAUCCACGGGGGUCUGGUCCAUGGUCUACACGAGGCCGCUAAGGCUUUAGACAAGAGACAAGCUGUUCUCUGUGUCCUGGCUGAGAAUUGUGAUGAGGCUGCUUACAAGAAAUUGGUACAGGCCCUCUGUAAUGAACAUCAGAUACCCCUUGUUAAGGUCGACAACAACAAGAAACUCGGUGAGUGGGCCGGUUUAUGCAAAAUUGACAAGGACGGCAAAGCAAGGAAAAUCGUCGGUUGCUCUUGCGUUGUUAUAACAGACUUUGGCGAGGAGACGCCAGCGUUGGAUGUUCUCAAGGACUACCUGAAAUCUUCAAGCUAAUCCUUAGGUAUAAUAAAAGUCCAAAAAAACUA